UUGUUUUGCCCUUUUAAUCCGUGUGUGUGUUUACUAUGUGCAUUCAAGGACUGUUAUGUCAAUUUUUAUAUCCACGUUACAGACUUGUGAGUACUUUCGUGUAGGCUGUGAAGUUAAUCCAGGGGAUUAAAGGGAUGCAUCAAUUGGAUUAUUCUGAUCUGAUGACAGUGUGUUUGCUGUGAUGUUAAAGAAAAUCAACUCGGUUUUCCGGCCGAACCGAGGCGCUAGCGCGAGACAGGACUACCACAGUGCAUGCACGGUGAAGCUCGUGCGCAGCGCUUCCAUGCUCGCGGUUGGAGAGAGGAGUCGUGCGCAGAGGGAAUCCACGCUGAAACGAAGCGCGAGCGCUGUCAGUAUUCAGUCCAGCACUGCGUUGUAUUACUACCACAGCCGAGAGGAGCGCGUGUGGCUCUACUCACAAAACCAGGACUGUCUGGAGUAUCUGCAGGAGCUGGUUGCGCUCAGGCGGCGAUACACCAAGACCAUCAACGACCUGAAGAUUGGGGAACGCAGAGAGCAAUCCUCUAGCAAGAAGAAACCUGCACCACAACCUCCACAGCAAAUCCCACAACCAUCUGCUCCACCAAUCCCCAGCGAGGAGGACACACUGCAGUUUUUUGAUGCUGUUAUCGCCAGCUGUGACUCAGAGCGUACCAGAAAACCACAUGUGGAUGAUGGCCAUGCAGAUGUUGACUUUAUUGUGGCGACCAGUACGAGUCAGCACAACCUCCAUUCUAACUGGAUGCUGCGAGACCCUCGGCGGAUAUGCACAGACGAGUCUCAGCUGAGGUGGACAGAGCUGGGAUCAGAUGAAAAUGCUUGGAGAAAGGCAGCAAGUGGGACCACAAGCAGCAUGAGACGGCUACAGAGAAACCCCAUCCACCUACCCAAAGUGGUAGAAAGUGCUUUGCAGACCCUGCGCUUCAAACCCAAACUUAAGAAGAAAGAUUAACAUUAACUGAAAAUGACUGCCAAGGAUCCCAGCUGAUUUAUGAUGACAUACCGUUAUAAUGGAUAUGCCAUUUAUAGAUUUCAGUUGAGUUUUAGACAAAGGUCGAAGGUGUUCUGUAGUGGAACGUUGACAAUGGUACUCUACAAUGCCUUGUCUAAUGAUGCAUCUAAAGCCACUAAUAGUUAGUCAUUAUAUGAAAUACAUAUAGUGGCAUCCAUGACUCACCUAAAAUGAUCGAAUGAAUGGAUUUUGUGCAAUCAGUGGCACUAUCCAAACACAGAAAAUAAUAAACACUGGAGCUGGGGAGGCUGGAAUAAUUAAGCUUACAGACAUCCAAUUGGAGGAACAGCCUUCAAUGAUGCUCAGAGCUGUUGAGUCAUGUGUUGUGAAACAUGGAUGUGAGCAUAGUAAAGUAAUAUUGGGGCAGUGAAGCACCCUCACUGACCGGCUUCAUCAAUAAUCCACGGCAGAUCAGAGUCUACGUUUCAAGGGUUUUCAACUGCAGCAAGGCAUGUCCAAGUGACUAUAGAUGAAAAAAAAAAAACUGUGCAAAGAGUCACCCAGCCCAAGUAAUAAGACUCUCUUCAACUCAACAAACUUCAAUUAGAGAUUUGUCUGCAGGAGAUCAGAUUAAAUCACUCAGCUGCCCAGGCACUGAUCCUUUAUAACAUUAAUAAACUGCUACGCGGGUUUGGAAAACAAAUGUAUAAAAUUUCAAAAUGCAGUGCAAAUGAUCAAGUGACUAAAAGCUGCAUGUUCAAAUUAAACAUGCUUCAGGUUUUAAAAGUGCCUUUUAUAUUCUAGAACUUGUUUUUUAUAAAGUACAUGAAAGGAAAUUUAAAUUUAUGCUAAAAAUCAUGUUUAAACAUAUACCAAAAGUCCUGUUAUUUACAAAUAUUAUUUAUAAAAUUAGUUUUCUGGUUCAACUUUUAUUUGUUUUAAAUAAGUCCAUAUGAGGAACAUGUACUUUCCUUUUCUCUAGAAAGAGGAAGCUAA